AUGCCAACUAUGACAUCCAAACAAAAUGAUACCAAAAAGCAUGAAUAUGACGCGUCACCUCAUCUGGGAGCUAAUGUUAAGAAACCAAAAUUAAGGCCAGUCGAAAAUCCAAUCCAAAAUAACUUAGAUAAAAAAGGACCAUCUACUAUGAUGGGCGUCCAUGGGGUGAAGGAUAAUGCCAUCAACACAAAAAAGUCGGGUAACAUAAGCCAAAACCUUGCUGAUGAUAUGGAACGCUUGAAACCUGUUGCGCCUAGUAAACCAAUUUUUAUCGGUAAAAAUCCAUUAUCUAAUAAGUUGGUGUUCCCAGCUUUCUCUAAAGAGGAUACUUUGAAUGCUCGAAUGUAUUUGAAAUAUAUGGGUUCAAAGAGAUUUCUCGAUGCAUAUUUACCUAAUGAAUUGAAUUCAUUAUACCUCUAUUGCCUGAUAAAACUACUGGGUUUUGAGUGUAAAGAUAGAGAAUUAAUAAGGAAUAUAUAUAAAUAUGUUGAAUCGAACGAAUCCAAUUCCUUCGAUAAUUUAAUCUAUUCAGAUCUUUCAGAUCCAUUACAUAAGAAAUUCACUGUGCGACUAAUUAAAGAUUUACAGAAAGCAAUUAAUAAAGUUCUAUGCACAAGAUUAAAACUACCGAAUUUUUCCACUAUCGAUAAUUUUGUUGAUGCUUUGAAAUCUGCAAAACAAAUUUUAGUGUUAACUGGGGCGGGUGUUUCCACAUCGUUAGGUAUUCCAGAUUUUAGAUCCUCCGAGGGGUUUUAUUCAAAAAUAAAGCAUCUUGGCCUUGAUGACCCACAAGAUGUUUUCAAUUAUGAUAUAUUCAUGCAAGAUCCGUCUGUAUUUUACAACAUUGCAAAUAUGGUUUUGCCGCCGGAAAAUAUUUAUUCACCUUUACAUAGUUUUAUUAAAAUGUUAUACGAUAAAGGUAAGCUGUUGAGGAACUAUACACAAAACAUUGAUAACUUAGAAUCGUAUGCUGGUAUUCCUGCGGAUAAACUGAUCCAGUGUCACGGUUCAUUCGCCACAGCAUCGUGUGUAACUUGUCAUUGGAAACUACCAGGUGAAAAAAUAUUCAGUAAUAUCAGAAACCUGGAGUUACCUCUUUGCCCAUACUGUUACGAGAAAAGGAAACAAUAUUUUCCAGCCUCUGAUCCUAAUGAAGAGACGCAAGUGGAAAAUCCGUUGAAAGACAGAAUAUUGAACUCAUUUGGAGUUUUAAAACCAGAUAUAACAUUUUUUGGGGAAGCAUUGCCUUCAAAAUUCCAUAAGAGUAUUCGAGAAGAUAUUUUGAAAUGUGAUUUGCUCAUCUGCAUUGGUACAAGUCUUAAAGUGGCACCAGUCUCAGAAAUUGUCAAUAUGCUACCGGCGAACGUUCCACAGGUCCUUAUUAAUAGAGAUCCUGUAAGGCAUGCUGAGUUUGAUAUAUCAUUGCUAGGUUAUUGUGAUGAAAUAGCAACACUGGUAACUCAAAGAUGUGGGUGGGAAAUUCCUCAUGUAAAAUGGAAGGAGUUAAAAAAUACUAGAUAUUCAUUUCGAUGCAAAGAGAGGGGAUGUAUGAAGUGGUGCCUAUCAAAUAAGACUUUAAAUGCUAUAAAUGUAUAUAUACUAAUAUAG